AGGUUUCCACCUCGUCAUCUCGCCUUCAAUUCUACUACUCAAAAACCCUCCCUUCCAUUCCCUCUCUUUUUUUUUUUUUUUCCCCCUUACUGUGCAGCCCUACAAACUCUCCUUUUUUUCUCAAAUUUCCUUGGUAUAUAUAAUUAAUGGACGGUGAAGAAGAACAGUAUAAUCCUCGUACUGUUGAGGAUGUUUUUAGGGAUUUCAAGGGUCGUCGUGCUGCCUUAAUUAAGGCUCUUACCACAGAUGUGGAGGAAUUUUAUCAGCAGUGUGAUCCUGAGAAGGAAAACUUGUGCUUGUACGGACUCCCAAAUGAACAAUGGGAGGUCAAUCUGCCUGCUGAAGAAGUACCACCAGAGCUCCCUGAGCCUGCUCUCGGUAUUAACUUUGCUAGAGAUGGGAUGCAAGAAAAGGACUGGCUAGCCUUAGUUGCUGUCCAUAGUGACUCUUGGUUGCUUUCCGUUGCCUUCUAUUUUGGUGCUAGAUUUGGAUUUGAUAAACCCAGCAGGAAGAGGCUUUUCAACAUGAUAAAUGAUCUGCCUACAAUAUAUGAAGUAGUUACUGGUGCUGUAAAGAAACAACAGAAAGAAAAAUCUUCCACCCACAGUGGCAAAAAAUCCAAGUCAAAUUCCAAGGCGCAGAGGGCACCAAAUCAUCAGGAGAAGUUUACAAAGUUGCAGCCUAAAGAUGAAGAGGAGGGCUUGGAUGAGCAGCAGGACGAGGAUGAGCAUGGCGAGACACUCUGUGGUGCCUGUGGAGAGAAUUAUGCAGCAGAUGAAUUUUGGAUAUGCUGCGACAUAUGUGAGAAGUGGUUCCACGGAAAUUGUGUGAAGAUUACCCCUGCCAGGGCUGAGCAUAUUAAGCAAUACAAGUGUCCAUCUUGUAGCAACAAGAGAGCUCGAGUUGACAUAUAAAAUCGGAUGUUGGUCAGGAUAUUUAGGUUGUUUGGCUCUAACUUGAGGAUGUGUGAUGGUUAUGAUUCAUCUUUGUAUUUGGCUCUAACAUGCAGAUGAAUAGGGUUCUAAUUGUUGGUUUAGUUAUAAAUAGUCGUAAUUUAGCCAAAACACAGGUCCAUACUGUGAUUUUAAAUAUUUUCUGUUUUAGUAGGAGUAAAUCUCAUUAUUGUGAAUUUGUCAACUGUUUCUAUUCGUAAUGAUUACUUCAUUGGUCUCUACAA